AUUUGUUUUGGGAUUUUUGGUUUCCAUAGGGUGGAAGUCCGUAUUUCGGAUUUUGUUUUGUUCUUAAUCGUCAUGGCGCCUGUCAAACACCGCAAGAUUGUGAUGUUGGGGUACCCUUCAGUAGGCAAAUCUUCCCUUGCACUUCAGUUUAUUAAAGGAGAUUUUCCUAAGGACUAUGAGCCUACCAUUGAAAACACUUGGAGCAAGACCUUUGUUAUGGGGAGUGAUGAGUUUGAGUUGGAUGUGGUGGACACAGCAGGGCAGGACGAAUACUCUUUGUUGCCUCAGUCAUUUAUUUUUGGGAUCCAUGGAUACAUUGUAGUAUACUCAGUGGCAUGCUCCAGAAGCUUUCAGAUAGCACGUGCCAUUCAUAGCAUUCUUGUGGACAGGAGAGGGAAGUGCCUCAUGCCUAUAGUCCUUGUUGGGAAUAAGAAUGAUCUGCCAACUCACUGCCGUGAAGUGAAACCAGAAGAUGGGAAAAAACUAGCAGAGUCUUGGGGAGCUGCAUUCCUGGAAGUUUCAGCAAAAGACCCUGAGAGGAGUAAGCUGAUCUUUACUAAAAUGAUCGAGGAAAUCGACCGCGUUGAGCGAUCCUUUGGUGAAGAGAAAAAAUGCUGUGUCAUGUGAAAUUAAUUUUAUCCUCCUGCACCAUCUGAUUGGAGGAGCAGCAGAACUAAGUGUGAAGCCUGGUGGUUGUGACAUCCCUCUGCCCAGUGAUGUUACAGCAGCAGACCUAUGCACCAAUCAAUGCAAUCCUUUUUGGCACGGCAGAAGAUUACAUGAUGUUUCCUUUGCUGGGUCAGAUGACACCUUCCCUACGUUUUGAUACUUUCAGUAUGGAAUAUGAUUUAUCAAGUCUUGAACUGAUUAAUCUCACUUUUUGGUUUUCAAAUCUGUAGCUAUGUCAUGGACGAGCACAGACUGCAACAGCAGUUGAAUUUACAAUAUCGAGCCCUUUUUAUGGAUGCAUAUAAUGCAGUUUGCACAAACUUUGCAGCAGUGCUGUUGCUAUGUACAUAUAUAUUGAUUUUUUGGACUGUGUAACCUGUUACAGGGCCUAUUUAUGUUUAUUUGUAAAAAAAAAAAACAACUUGUAUUUGUUAAGGGGUGGGGGUAGGGAAGGGAGGGAAUUAGAGUAUUUAUAUACUUAUUUUCAUUAGUACCUCUCUCUGAUGAUGAGGGGUUGCCAUUGCAGUAAUGUGAAGAGGGAAUGAACUUUUUUCAGAAUGUCAGGGCUUUUGAUUGUAAUCCCUGAAAAUGCUGCAGUGUCUCUGUUCCUUUCAAGAUUAAAAGGGCAGAAGCAUUUAUGAACUGUUUACACUAGAUGUCUGAUUUGCUUGGCAGGUCCUUAAGGUUAUAGCUAGAGGUGUGAAUGAGAAAUUCACAAUAUUAUGAUGCAGUUGGCACUCCCUAAACCACACACGUCUUGUUUGGAGACCUGCCUGUUGGAAGUUUCUAUUGUUGGCUGUGGAUGCAAUGACAGAUAUUGUUUAGGCUAACAGCAAUGGAUUGCACCAGGAGAGUUUGGUGUAGCCAGUUGCAGUAAACCUAACUGGGACCUAACGGCUCAUCCUGCCAACAAGCAUCUUGCCUAUUGCAGCUAGCUUUCCUUUGCCUUUUUAGCAAGGCCUUCGCCAGAGCAGGCAAUCUAGCUGCCCAUGUGGCCCCUGGCCUAUGUGUGGACAAGUUUACUUGCUGUUUAGUAAGAAGCUAAAUGGCUUUAUAUUUGACUAUUUAUGUGCCUUUCCUUAUUCUGGCCAGCAGUGUAUGGUCAGAAGAAAACAUUUAGCUGACAGAAAGAAUGUAAAUGUGUAAGUUAUUAUUAAUAUUUUUUGGCACAAAACUGAUUUUUUUCUUGCUUUGAUUUGUUCCUAUAAUGAAUUUCAUAUUUUUUGUAUUUAUAUUUUGUGAUACUUGUGAUGCUUUAUUUUUUUUUUUUCUUAUAACCGUGAAACUUGACUUGCUGUUGCUUUUCAGCCAUACCUCAGAUUAAUAAAAUGGAAAGUUAAAAUGAA